AUGUGUAGGGCUAUUAGUGGUAAAGCCAAGAGUAUAGAAAUAGUGGUAUGUGAUCGGAAAGAAGGCAUUGAAGAAUAUUAUAGAAACGUUGCUACUGUUCCAUUGCUUUGUGCAAUUCUGUUUUCCUCUGUUUUUAUCCUUUGCAGGUUCUCUCCGGUGAUCGCCAGAAUAGCUUCGACGGAGCAUCGGCAUCAUAUUGGUAUCAGAGCAAGGAUGGCAGAAGGGAGUAAUCGGGUGGCUACCGAUGGUGAACACAGCCUGGAAGAACUUUGGGCCGGACAUACCAAACUGGUAAGGCGGACGGAGGAGAUGGCGGCAGAUAUGCACCAUUUCUUCGGUGAAAUGCGUCGGGAGUUGAGAUUGAUCAAUGCUCGUCUUGAUAGGAACCGAGCCGCUCGAACCGCUGCACCGAUCUUGGGGCAGGAAACGAGACGUGGGUUCAUGGCAGAAGAAGAACAUCAACGGAAUGACCGGGCACCUGUAGUGACUGAUUCAGAUGAAGAAAAUGACCAUGUUCGGUCAUUGGAACCGUCAGAUUCAGAAGGCGAGAUGAUUCCGAAUCAUAGAAGGCAUGGUAGAAGAGAUCGGGCACAGGGGGAUUUCCGAAUUAAAUUGGAUAUUCCGUUCUUCGAUGGUAGACUGCAUAUAGAGGAUUAUCUUGACUGGGAAAGGUCCGUUGAAUCUUUCUUUGAAUACAUGGAUAUUAGUCCGGAUCGGCAGGUGAAGUACGUUGCCUGUAGAUUAAAAGGGGGCGCUAGUGCGUGGUGGCAACAGGUGUUGCAGUCCCGUCGGCGAGAUGGCAAGGGCGUCGUCCGGAGCUGGUUUCGCAUGAAGCAAUUGCUACGAGGACAUUUUCUACCAACCGAUUAUGAGCAGAUGUUGUACGUGCAGUAUCAACAUUAUUCACAAGGAGGCAAAUCGGUGAAUGAAUAUACCGAAGAAUUUUAUCGGUUAAGUGCCCGGAAUAAUCUCAAUGAAUCUGAAAAUCAACUGGUUGCAAGGUAUGUUAGUGGCUUGAAGGAUUUUAUUCAGGAUAAACUAGAGUUAAAUUCAGUUUGGUCAUUGUCCCAAGCUGUAAACUAUGCUCUCAAAGUGGAAUUACAAUCCAAGAGACAUCACUUCAAUCGGCAGAACAGGAGGAGUGGGGAAUCAGUUGCAGAAGUAAGUAAGAAUCCUGCUCAACAGUUAUCCACCAAUUACAACAAGCCAGUUGUUGUGCCUUCUACCGCUGGGCCACCUCCAACUCCUGUUCCGAAAAUAAUAGAGCCAAGAGGCAACUGGAAGGGUAAAGCUCCAGUGAAAGACAACCCGUAUGCUAAGCCUGGCACGUUAAAAUGUUUCCGGUGUUUUCAACCAGGUCACAAAUCUAAUGAGUGCCCUACUCGGGCGCAUUUGCAAUUAAUAGAAGGGGAAAAUGAUGAGGAAGAAGAAGAUGAUUACGAAACAGUUGAAGAACGGCCUGAAGAUGUGGUUGGGGACGAGGGUGAACCUGUUCUGUGUGUGCUGCAACUACUGCUUCUAGCCCCUCGCCGUCCCGCCAAAACGCAACGAAAUGCCCUUUUCAAAACAAAAUGUACCAUUUCAGGUAAAGUUUGCGAAGUAUUGAUAGAUACGGGUUGCACGGAAAAUGUCAUUUCCAGAGCAGUGGUGCAAUCGUUACAGUUAAAAACGACCAAAAGUCCUAACCCAUAUAAAAUCAGUUGGGUUAAAAGGGGAAUUGAAAUGGCGGUGACGGACAUGUGCAAGGUCGUUUUCUCCAUCGGCAAGCAUUAUGCGAGCGAAGUUCUUUGCGAUGUAGUAGACAUGGAUGUAUGUCAUUUGAUUCUUGGUAGACCUUGGCAGUAUGAUGUUGGGGCCAUUUUUGAUGGGCGGGCUAAUACAUAUUCUUUUGAUUGGAAGGGCAAACGGUUAAGGUUGUUGCCCCGGAAUCCGGAACAGGAAAAUUCUAAUGGCCAUGCUAAGGCGUCACUAGUGGCUGUCAGUGGAAAAGCUUUAUUAAAUGUUUGGAAAGAAUCUUCACACCUGUUGGCAUUACUCAUCAAGGAACAAAACCACCCGCUGGAAGACAGGCCCAUUCCUGAUGGUGUUAAAGUGCUGUUAGAACAAUUUGCUGAGAUUGCACCACCGGAGUUGCCCAGUGGAUUACCGCCAAUAAGGUCCAUUCAGCACCAGAUAGAUCUUGUCCCUGGAGCCAACUUGCCAAAUUUGCCUCAUUACAAAAUGAGUCCGAAUGAGCAUAAAAUUUUACAGCAAAUUGUGGAUGAAAUGUUGGACAAACAGCUUAUUCAAACAAGUCUUAGUCCGUGUGCCGUCCCAGCUCUGUUGGUGCCCAAGAAGGACGGUAGCUGGAGGAUGUGUAUGGAUAGCCGAUCCAUCAACAAGAUUACCGUUAAAUUCAGGUUUCCUAUGCCGAGAAUGGAGGAUAUGAUCGACAAGCUGUCGGGAGCUCAAGUAUUUUCCAAACUUGAUUUGCGGAGUGGGUAUCACCAAAUUAGAGUUCGUCCAGGGGACGAAUGGAAGACCGCUUUCAAAACACGUCAAGGCUUAUAUGAGUGGAAAGUAAUGCCCUUUGGGUUGUGCAAUGCCCCUGCCACUUUCAUGCGACUAAUGAACGAUGUGCUGCGGCCGGUUCUAAACCGUUGUUGUGUCGUGUAUUUCGACGACAUACUAGUUUUCAGUUGUUCCAUGGAAGAGCAUAUCCAACAUUUAACCGCAAUUUUUGAAAUUCUGAAACAGAACAAGCUUUAUCUCAAUAUUACCAAAUGUGAAUUUGCCUUGACACAGGUGGCUUUCCUUGGUUUUCUCAUUUCCGCUUCUGGAGUAAUGGUGGAUCCCCGCAAAGUUACGGCCAUCGUGGAAUGGCCGACGCCGCGAUCACUUUUUGACAUCCACAGCUUCCACGGAUUGGCGAACUUCUACCGCCGAUUUAUCCACAAAUUCAGUAUCAUAAUGGCUCCAAUCACUGAUGUAUUGAAGCAGUCCCAGUUCUCGUGGACGGAAGAACAACAAAAGAGUUUCGAAGCCAUUAAAGCGGCGUUAUCUAUUGCUCCGGUAUUGGCAUUGCCAGAUUUUGACAAACCCUUCAUGGUCGACACAGAUGCAUCGACGGUGGUAAUUGGUGCAGUCUUAUCUCAGGACAAUAAGCCAGUGGAAUUUUUCAGUGAAAAAUUGAGUCCUUCGCGACAACGCUGGACAGUAUAUGAGCAGGAGUUGUAUGCUGUAAUCCGCGCAUUAAAACAAUGGGAGCAUUAUCUAUUGCACCAAGAUUUUGUUUUGAGCAGUGAUCAUAAAGCUUUACAGUACAUUAAUUCUCAAAAGAACAUCAAUAGGAUGCAUGCCCGGUGGAUUAUCUUUUUGCAGAAAUUCACCUUUGUAUUGAAACACAAAAACGGUAUUCAAAACCGUGUGGCCGAUGCACUGAGCCGAAGGGUGGCAUUGCUGACAAAACUGGAGACUGAGUUCAAUGGGUUAACGGGACUGCAGGAACUAUAUCCUAAAGACGAAUUCUUCCGAAACUGGUGA